AUGAAUACCGACAGGAAAAUAAAUGAGCCCAGGAAACCCAACCGAGGCGAAACCCAAUGGGAAACACAAAAACCCAAGAUGCAGGAAAUUGUCCUAGACAACAAUCGGUUCACGCUGGACAUUGCAUUUUUGCAUUCGAGUUUCCCUCACGGUUCUUAUUGCUGUUCUCCGGGGCUGUUUUUUAAUGGACAAGUGGGGGGCGGAAAUUUAACCAGCAAGUUCAUGAUGCAGAUAGAACAAGGGACCAUCAACAAGUCUCCUGAUGAGUACCGGUACCUGAACGCCACCUUCCUGUCCCACGUCCUAGUCGUCUGGGGCCGGUCCCGUCUCUUUUUGGUCCAGCAGGCCACCAGUGGCGUGGACUCGAAUCUGGCCUCGAACUGGCCUCAGUGCGACAUUCCUCCGGGCCAGCUAACUGCAGUGGAUUUUUUACCUCCGAAUGAAGACAAGGCUGCGAUUGCGGAGUCCAAAGAGGAGAAGGGCAGAACCGUGUUCAAGCAUAAGAUUAAGAUGACGGAAGAAGCGCAUAAGAGGAUGGAAGAACACAUCGGAUUUGUGACAGCAGUAAUCCGAGUCGAGUGUUUCAUCAACUGGGUUGCACAGGAAAUUCAGCAAUGGCUGCAUUCCGUGGAGCUGGCAUUCGUCCUUCACGUGCAGACGAUCUUUCAUGAUACUUCCGAGUCCUGCUGCGUUCUUCAUUUGGUCAAAGAACAUCCUCCAACUGGACCAAACGAUCACAUUGUCCCGGUACUUGGAAAUCACAUCGAGACUUUGCUGAAUGAAAACAUCAGAUUUGUGACAGCAGUAAUCCGAAUCAAGAUUUUCAUCAACUGGGUUGCACAGGAAAUUCAGCAACGGCUGCAUCCCGGGGAACUCGUAUUGGUCCUUCACGUGAACAUCAUCACUCAUUAUACUUCCGAGUCCUUCUGCGUUCUUCAACUGAUCAAAGAACAUCCUCCAACUGGACCAAACGAUCACCGUGUCCGGUGUAUAUUCAACACCAGUCUAAGGUCUUCGCAAUUUUCCUUGCAAUCCCGUGUGAGAUUGAAGAACUUUGCCAAGGUCAAAGCCUUUAUCCGAAUGGUCGAGUCUCCGAAAAAGAAGAACCUGUUGUUGAGAUUCUUUGCGAAUCUGCGCUUGAGACACGAUUCCGAGUCUAUUUGCGGGAAAAUCUUGAGUUUGCAAUGUGGCAAUUCCCACUUGAGGUCACUUUUCAAGCUGCCGUUGCUUUGGAACACACUGAGGCAUUUUUCGAUUUUGUCGACUCGGUUAUUGUAG